AUGAAUAUCUCCCCAAUAAAAUACGAAUCGAAAAUCCUGAACAACUUGGCCAGCAUGCUAAAACUUAGCGAAAAAUCAGACAACGAAAUAUGGAACGAAAUAAAGGAAGACAGGAACCAUAUAAAGUUCGAGAUUGAUGAGGACAUAAAGAGGGUUAUCGAUGUUAACAAAAUUAACUGUACUUGUGAUGAAUCAAAAAAAAAAAUUGAAGAAUAUAAAGGGAAGAAGUUCGAAUAUUAUUACAAUGUGGAAACAUAUGGGGUCGAUUUUUUCCUAGACAUAUGCAAUGCUCUAGGUAGGUCUAACUACAAGCCCUUCCUAUCAGAAGAAGGCAAGAAAGAAGUUAUGAAUGGAUUAAGAAUUAGAAGAAAUUCCAAUUUGUAUAGGUAUGUCUCCUUUUUUUUAAGUAAAGAAAGAUUAAAUAAAGACAGACUAAAUGAUGGGAAAACACCUGAACAGAUUUUCCACUGUUUUAAGUGCCUUAGGAGUGUACUACAUAUAUAUGUGGAUGAUAAAAAUAAUCGGAAGAGGAAAAUGUAUCUACAGGAUAACAUAUACAUUACUGAAGAAAUGGAAGAGAAAAUGGAAAACGACAUACUUCGUGAGAAUCAAAAAAAUAAUAAUGAAGAUCCUCCCGACCUUAGGGAUGGUAUAAUAACCGUCAGCAGAUACAAAGCCGAGUUAGCCUCCAUAACUAGGAAAUCAAAUGAAAAAAUUAUUAAAACUAUUUUGGAUCAUACGAAAAAUAUGCAAAAUGGAAAAAAUGGCAAUGAAUCCCCUUCCCAUAGUAAUACCCCAAAUAUAUGUAAAGACACCUCCAUCAGCGGGGAUAACCAAUCAAGUAGUCACUACCAAGAAUUGAACGGAAGUAACACCUUUGAGGAAAACAACAAUUACAAAGCAUCAGACUCCUUUGAACAUAACGAAUUAAAGCAUUAUAGCGACUCUGCAAAUGGUUUUUCUAAUGAUGGAGAGACAGGAAGUACAGACAAUAAUGCGCAUAGUAAAAAAAGGACCACCUUGAAAAAUAACCCCGUGGCAAAUAAUUUGAUACAGAUGAACGGAUCUGCCGGAAACAUAGUUCUGAGAAAGAAGAGGGAAAGACAACGAAGAAGUGUGCAAACCAUCACGAAAAAUAAAUUAAGCACCAAUUCGAGUAGAAAAUCUAGCUCAGUCAAGAAAAAGGAGGCAGGUGAUAUGGUCAUGUCAGUCGAUGGGGGCGUGAGCGGGGAUGCUCUACCAGGGGGUCAUCCCAAGGGGGGAAAUAAAUCCGAUGUGGAUAGUGCCCCAUGUGACGAAGCCCAAUGUGACGAAGCCCAAUGUGACGAAGCCCAAUGUGACGAAGCCCCAACAGAUGCACCCACAUUGGAACUGAUCUUACAGGGGAAUGAAACUCCCCGUGCGUUGAUUCAAAGUGGAGUUGUGCAACAAGCCGAAUGGGAUAAAAAGUUGAAUGGGGAUGGGAGCAACGUAACAGAGAAACACGAGAUAAGCCCAGUCCAAACGAAGAUAUCCACAGGGGAAGAGGAACUAAACUCGAAAGGCGGCGGGUCAGAUGAAGGUGGCAAGGACAGUUACCAAUAUGAUGUAUAUCAAAAAACGUCUCUCGUGAAAAAUGCAUCGAAUAGGGAAGAGAGCUACGACUUGGAAGGAAGUGAUGAUGCGUCCUACUCCACAGAUGAUUCAAAUUAUAAAAGGUAUAUGACGAGGAAGAAGACAAAACUCUUGCAGGAAGGAAAAAUAGUUAUCGACUUAAAUAUACUAAACGGAAAUGCAAAGAAUGCAUCUGAAAAAAAGGAAAAGGAAGAAGAAAUUGAGGAAAAAUAUAAAGAGAGAUGUUAUGGAAAGAACCAAGAAAAGAUAAGAAUGGAUAAUAUAAGAAAAAAGUUGGAAGAGAAGAAAAUGUUUUUUUGUAAAAUAGAAGAGGUAGCAAAAAGGAGAAAUAAAAGACAUGUAAAAACACAAGUUCUGUCGAAGGACUGCAAAAUUGAAAGAGCUUAUUUUAGUCAUAAAAUGAAAAAAUUUUAUAAUUCAAAGUCGGGAUAUUUUGGUUGUGGUUGGUCCAAUAACAAAACUCAAUGGACUCCAUUUAUCCAUGCCCCUUUUUUUGAUAAUAACUAUAAUAAUACUAUCUAUAAAAAUAGGAAUAAAAAAAUGUACGAAGAAAUAUACGAUACUUUGUUACAUGGGAGGAUCCAUCCGGCUGUAAGAAUUGUGGAGUUGAAGGACCACAAGCAUCCUGUGCGCUUGUGCACUCCAUACAGUGAAGAUUGCUAUUCAGUCGUUUACACAGGGGAAAAAAUACUCGCAUCGGAUGAUCGGGUCAUUUUUGGAGAGUACACUGGUUAUGUGGCGAACAAUAGUGAGUUGUCACAGGACAAACACCAGUACAUGUUCGCCCUAUCGUUCAGCAAGAAAGUUUUUAACGAUAGGAAGAAUGUCGUUUUUAUUAACGAGAUUGAAUCGGACGAGGAGGGUGUGUUCAAAGGGGACAACCACCACGGGGAAGAAGCGAAUGACAUUAUCACUCAUCGUGAUAGCAGUAACCAUAGCGAAUAUGCGACCAAGUCGAGCACCGAAGGAAUCUAUUUGAGUGAUGAGAAAAUUUGUAAAGAAGCAUCUGUUAAAAAGGGUGAUAUAAAUACAAAUGGGAGAGGAAAUUCCACCGUUCCCAAUGUGGAUACAAUACAAUGCGAAAAAUCGACACAAAAUUUCAUCAGAGAGAAGAAAAAAUAUAAGGGGAUGUACAAUAAGAUUAUCCUCCCAGAUAAUUACACAUAUGCUGUUGAUUCGUCCUACAUGUUCAACGAAAUGUCAUUAGUCAAUCAUUAUAAAACAUGUUCUAUUUUUAACAAUUAUGAUUUUAGGAUAAACGCGGAGUGGCAAUUGGUUUACCUUGAUGGAUGGCCUCAUAUCAUUCUCACAUCCAUCCCAGGUGUAGAAAUAAAUACAGGAGAAGAAAUUUUCGCGGAUUUUGGUUUUGAGUGGUUCGAAAGGGUUAACGAUAUUUGUCUGAAUGAUUUUAUUAAAAAUAGCUAUGCAUGCAGAUUGAGCAACUUAAAUCUUGGUAUAGAAAAAACAUUCAGUGGAAUUGAUGAUAUAGUGGAAAAGUACAACUUGAUAAAAAAUCACACUACGUGCAACAUAUGCAUGCACAGCGUCAACACAGAUGGUAGUAACGGGUUUAUUGCUUGUUCGGGUUGUAAUCAUAUCUAUCACCUAACAUGUGUGCAAAAAUUAAAUGCAGAAGUGAACGAGAAUUAUGAUUGGUUCUGCGCCAGUUGUGUCAAAUUCUGUAUCAAUAUGCUGAAUCAGGAAGAAUUCGUGGCCAACCUAGAAAUGGAAAAUCACAAACUCUUGAUUCAACUUUUUAGUGAUGAUAUGUGUGUAGAAAAGUUAAAUAGAUUACCCACGUUGUUAGCCCUAGAAGCAAACGAUACCCCUUUGUGUAUCCCCGACGGAAAAGACGCAAAAGAAGUUACUAACAAUUCUAACUGUAUUGAGCAGUAUGACAGGAUACGCAAAUUACUACGUUGUAGGAAAAAUAUUAUCGACUUGGUGAAGAAUAAGGAGAUCAUUAACUCCUACUUAGAGAACACCGAGAAGGAAAUGAACUCUCUAGAUAACAUCCAAGAGGUGGGAAAUUUGUCCUUUAAGAAAGAUAAAAUGAAGUCUCUGUUGCAAAACAGCUUUGAACUCCACCUUCUUAUUGAAUAUAAAAAAAAAAUCGAUGAUUUAUUGCUUAGCAGGGAAAAGGUAGACACAUUUUUUAAUGACGAGAAGGCCCAAAGAACCAUGCAUUUGAGAAAACAAACCAUAAACUACUUGCUGGAAAAUAGGAAAUGUAUAGAAAAGCUGGUCGACUCGAUGGAAAAAGGCACUUCCAUUGUGUUUGCACACAAGGAGGUCAACCGUUCGGACAGGGAUACUACAUUGAUGGGGCUCAAGGAGGAAUUCCCGCAGGAGCAUAACUUGGCAAUAGAAAAAUGGGACCCAAGUUUUAAUAGGGGAGAAAGCCCCGGCUCAGUCAUUAAGGAACACACGAAUGGAAGUAUUUCCAACUCGUAUGAAAAAAUUUUGUAUAGAAAGUCGAACGAUAUUAUGAACAAUUUAAGGGAAAUAAAAAAUGGUACCCCCCGUGGUCGUAUAAAAAGCGAUAUUGUUAACUGUCCAACAUCCAGCAACGGCAACAGUAACAUGAACACGGGUAGCAACAGAAACCUGUGCUUCAACAACAUGAUGAAGUUGAGCAAGAAAAUUUUAGGAUUCCCUUUGUUGACAGAUUUCGAAAGGGGCAUGAGUACCAACCAGCCGUGUCUUCCCCUCAGUGAUCACUUAAAAAGGCUCUCCGUGUGCACCGUUUGUUAUAGCAAGCAUGGGGACUUGGCUAAGGCCAUUAUAUGUAGAGUUACCAAGAUGCACUUUGAGCCAAACUACAAUGAUGGACUGAGCGAUGAGGACAUGUUUAAGACAUCCAGCGAGUGCGUCCAGUCAAUCAUUCGUGAAUUGGCCAACACGAUAAAGGAGUACCGAAAGAGGGAAUUGAGCGGGGCGUAUCUACAGGAGGUGGAGCUCAGCGCUAGUAGCAACUAUAGGAGCAGAAGCAUUGGCAGUUGUAGCAGUCGUGGCGAAAUCAACGCAAACAGCGCGGGAGCCCCAUUAGCUGGCCACCAUAAUCACAUGGGCGCUGAAGCUCAUUCAUCCAGUUCCGUCCCCAGUAGGACAGAAAUAGUGCAACCGGUCAGGUCCAUACUAAGACAUCAACCACGACAACCAUUUUAUGAAAUGAUGAGCAAUCCUGCAUGUAUUGGCGGGCACCAAAGGGGUAGAAACACCCCCGUUGAGAAUAAUACGCCUCCCUUGUUAUUGGAAAACAGAAUGAGUUAUACGGACGAUUAUACCUUUAAGAGGGAACAAAUGAAUUCUACGAAAAAUAAAAGCUCUUAUGAAGAAAAUGACGGAGGUAGCAGUAAGAAGAAAUCAAAGCUUCGUACGAAGUCGUCUAACAAGGUGAUUGAUGAAGAAAAUGACGACUCCUUAAAAAGGCGAACAAAUAAAGCAGGAAGCCACGGUGGUCGUUGCAGAGUUCAUGGUGAAAUAGGUCAGCACGUGCGCAUUGAUCCGUGUUUUCAAGGGCAUGCGGAAGAACACGUGCACCCGAGGAAAGAGGGAAACCAGGAGGGGGAGAAAAAUCACAUGUAUUUUACUCGCGAAAAAUUGAAGAAUACAAAGGAGGCACAGAGUGAGCAGAAGGGGAAAGACGUUACAUUGGAGAAUAUUUCCAAAACGAGUAAUUUCGUCCCGCUCAUGGGAGUUCAACUUGGGAAAACAAAAAUUCAGAGGGAAUUUACAAAUGGAACUUAUGUAGGGACAGUUAUGGAGCAAAUAAAGAACGAAAAUGGCAUUCCAUUUUUCGUUGUUACGUAUGAUGAUGGGGACACAGAAUGGAUGACGCCGUAUUUCCUAUUUCAAGAAUUGUUAAAGCAGUCAACAAACAGUGUGGAAUAUCCGUUAGCAACUACGUUUAAGGAGGUAUUCAACCCCGAAUUUAAAAAGGACUUAAAAUUGAACAAUUGUUCCUUGGAAUUAAAAAUUGAAAGAAGAAAGAGGAAAAGCAAUUGUGAAAGUGCUAGCAACAGUAACAGUGUCAGCAAAAGACAGAAGUAUGCGCAGGAGGAAAAUUCCACAAAGAAGAAGAAGCAACAAUUUUGA